AGGUGAAAUAGCUUCUAAGUUAUUAUUUAUAUAGGUCUGUCUUAAGUAUAUCUUGUUUCACUUUCUAGGCAAGAAAUGGAAAACAAAUGGAAUUGAAAAAUGUUUCCAAUACAAAUGCAUUCACAAUACACAGAUUUUCCCUGAGCGGUGGGUGGGGGCCCUAAAAUGAACAAUAAGGGGGGACCUAUUGUCCCCCCCCCACCCCCACCCCUGCGCGGCGGGUGGGGGCCAUAUUGAUAAUGAGGGGGGGGACCUACUGCCCCCCUGGCCACACCCCUGCACGGCGGGUGGGGGUCAUAUUGAUAAUGAGGGGGGGACCUACUGUCCACCCCCCCUCCGGCCCCCACCCCUGGGCGGUGGGUGGGGGCCAUAAAGAUAAUGAGGGGGGACACCUACUGUCAUCCCCCCCCGGCCCUCACACCUGGGCUGCGGGUGGGGGCCCUAAGUAAAUUUCCCCCCCCAAGGUGACUAGGGGUCCCCAAGCCCAUAGUCACCCACCCCCCCAAAUAAAAAGUCCCUACCUACCCCCCUCACCCUAAAAAAUAGUGGGGGGGGAUAAAAUAACUAACCUGUAAAAUAAAAUUAAACUUACCAUUCAACGUCUUCUUUUUUCUCAAAUCUUCAUUUUUUCAGCCCCAAAAAAGGCCAAAUAAAAAAACAUCAUAACCGUCGAACUAAAAAAAAAAAAAAAAUCCCGAGCGCAAAAAAAUAAGCCAUCUUCACCCAUGGAGGGCUCCGCGCAGAUUGAGCUCCGCAGGGCAGGGGAAGGCUUAUAAAGCCUUGCCCCGCCCUGCAAUUAGGCUAAGAACACUCUGAUUGGUUUGUUUAAGCCAAUCAGAGUGCUCUUUGUCAUUUUACACAGCGUGGGAAAAUUCCAAAGAACUUUCCCACGCUAUGUAAAAUGACACAGAGCACUGUGAUUGGAUGGCUUGAAAUCCAUCCAAUCACAGUGCUCUGUGUCAUUUUACACAGCGUGGGAGCCCUCCAUGGGGGAAGAUGUAUUAUUUUUUUGCGCUCGGGUUUUUUCUUUUUCGUCAGGUUUUUUUUUUUUUUGUGCUCGGGAUUUUUUUUUUUUUUUUAGUUCGACGGUUAUGAUGGUGGGGGCCGGAGGGGUUGGGGCCGGAGGGGGGGUGGACAGUAGGUCCCCCCCUCAUUAUCAAUAUGGCCCCCACCCACCGCGCAGGGGUGGGGGCAAGGGGGGGCAGUAGGUCCCCCCCCUCAUUAUCAAUAUGGCCCCCAACCGCCGCGCAGGGGUGGGGGCCGAGGGGCAGUAGGUCCCCCCCUCAUUAUCAAUAUGGCCCCCACCCGCCGCUCAGGGGUGGGGGUGGGGGGGGACAAUAGGUCCCCCCCUUAUUGUUAUUAGGGCCCCCAUAGGUCCCCCCCUUAUUGUUAUUAGGGCCUCCACUCACCGCUCAGGGGUGGGGGCUGGGGGGGACAGUAGGUCCCCCCCUCAUUAUCUUUAUUGCCCCCUCCCCCCCCCUUCAACCAGUAAGAGUCACUGUGGGAUUUAAAAUUCACCUGCCUAUUGAAGUCUAUGGCGGUUCGCCGGGUUCGCCGGGUUCGCCAGGUUCGCGAACAUUUGCGGACGUUCACGGUUCGCGAACCGAAAAUUUCAUGUUCGCGACAUCACUAGUGAUAAGCAAAUUAUAUUUACAGUCGCUAUAAAACCAGGGGCUGCACUCACCCGAACAUGCAUAAAUGGGGUGCUGCUAGGGCCAAUUCAUAUAAUACAUUAGUUCCAAUGCACUCAUUCAUCCACUAAACAGCAACUUCAAAGCUUACAGAUUUUAUUAGUUGUUUUUAGUUUUUUAAAAACACCUAAUCUAGACAAAAAUAAUGGGGGUUUUAACCAUAUAUAUAUAUAUAUUUUUUUUUUUUUUUUACAGGAUACAGAAUAUGAAGAUUACUACAGAAUCAUUUGCCAGGUGCAGCAGCCUGGGUUACCCUUUAAACUUGGGGAGAGCUAAGUUAAUGCAUUGCAACAAAAACAAAGAGUAUGAGAACUCUGAGAAUGGACAAAAGCUUAGAGAAACUCUGUAGUAACUCUACCUGCGACAGCAUCAUUGGCAUGUCAUAAGCCAGUCUGGAAUUAGAGAAUUUCAUGUAUCUAUAAAUAGAAUGUCAUUCAUUAAUGGAAAGUGAUCCGUUGACACUGUCAGCCAAUGAAUGACAAGCUCAAUCGACAUCCGGCUUCUGCAACUCUGCAGAAGUUGGAUGUAGUAAGCUAGCUGGAGGAAAGACUUGGUACUUGACAGGGAUCAGGUAAGAGGACAAACCCUUAUAAAAUGUGUUCCCCAUUCCUAGGGAAUAGCCCCAGAUUACUUCCACCAUUACCACUAUUGUAGUAGUGGUAAUUGUAGCUCUUUAAGCCCUGCAUUUUAAGGACAGUGUGGACUAUUUAAACUUACAUUUUGUGGGUAAUUGCGACAAUUGUGCCCUGGAUUAUAGUGUGUCUGGGCUCACAUGGCACACCAGAUUAUAUAUUUACUCAUUAUUUACUGGCAGCCUGGUCAACCCCAAAUACUGCCGGCUUCAAGGAAAUAUUUAAUUCAGCAAUAUUAUGUCUGAAAACAUUGACAUUGCAGGCCAGUCCAAGCACAAACCAACACCAUGCUGGACUAGCAAAGGCCCUGCACAAAUCCUUCCUACUGCCUUAUUCCUUCCAUACUCUGGCAACGCAGCAGACACUCCCAAUGCACCUCUUGCUAUUUUAAUCUACAGAAAAAUGGUGGGAAGCUGCAGCCUAAAACCCAUCUCACGUUAGUGCAGUGGGGAAAAAUUGCUAUUUUACCCCCCUUGCCAACCCUCCAAUGCUUAGAAAGCAGAACAUAAACAAUAAACAACACAGUAAAUAUUUCCUUUGACAGAAGUGGCUACAUGGACCUCAGCCCUUCAGAAUCUGCUUAUACCAGACAUUACACAUUUAAUAAAUAUAGAUAUGGCUGGCAUGAGGAAAUAUUGUUCCCCUUUGAAAUGCCAUAAAUAGAUGAAUACACUGAAAGCUCCCAUUUCCCUAUGGAAAGCAAAAACACUGUGAUCAUUGCAUAAUUGCAUACAGAGGAGCAGAAUGCUUUAUGGUAGGGUAUAAAGCUUGCAGAAAUGCUGUCUUCAACUCUUCAUUGGAUGUUUUGAAGAAGCAUUUUAACAAAAACUGUGGUAAGUCUGACUAUUUUCUUCAGAUACAACUGUUUUUCUUUUGUCUCAUUAUAUAUUGAUAUUUGUUGUACAACACUUGGCAAAAUUUCUUCAAAAAAGGUUGUUUUGAAAUGAAUGUCUGUGUGAAAUAAAUGAGCAAAUGUUCAUAGUGAUAAUGUAACUAAAAGGGCGACAGAUUACAACAUGGCCAAUUGUAUUUCUACUUAGCUGUUUUGCCCUAUAUAAUACAAUUUUCUGUUAUUUCGUAAUUGGCUGUUUAGUAAAUAAUGCUCUAAAUAAAGUAUAAGAUAGCUAAUUAGUAUUUAUAUAUAUAUAUAUAUAUAUAUGAAAAAAUCUUGCACUCCACCAAUAACAAAUGUCUGUAAUGCCCGGUGCUUGUCAGCCAAAAUUACAAAAAUUGCAAAAGAUAGCACUCCAAGGACUUAUCUAAAAUUUUACUUUUAUUUACCUUCAAUAAAAACACACAGUCAACAUUUCAGCUUGUUCCCCUGAUGAAAGCUUGAGGGGAUCAAGCUGAAACAUUGACUGUGUGUUUUUAUUGAAGGUAAACAAAAGUUAAAUUUUAGAUAAGUCCUUGGAGUGCUAUAUUUUGCAAUAUAUAUAUAUAUAUAUAUACAUAUAUAUAUAUAUAUAUAAUUUGUAUGUUACAGUUAGUGUUAAUGUAAAGUUAAGGUAGUGUAAUGGUUAAUAACAUUAAAGUAGUGUAGUUGUUAAUGUUUGUUGUAAGGAUAGUUCAAUAGUAUUACUUAGAUGCUGUACAUGACAUAGACCAAUACUAUCACUGCCAGCCAGGGAGGUUUCUCAAUUGGUAAAUUCCCUGACUACAAAGCAAGAUCACAGGUUCAAAUCCUGGCAGGGUCAACUUUAUCCUUUGAGGUCGAUAAACUGAGUACCAUCAAUUGGGUAAUAAUAACAUCUAUUAGCUGCAGAUGUGGUUAAUUCCAAGAGUGUUUGCUUAAAGGCACUUUGAGUCCUAUUGGGAGAAAAGUGAUAUAUAAAUACUAGUUAUUAUUAUCAGCUCUUUAGAUUUACCCUUCUAUUGUGACUAUAUCAGGGUUUUUUGUUUUUUUUAAUAGUGAAUCUAAUACUUUUUCAAAAAUGUUUAAAUGCCAAUUGUAAUAGUUGAAGCUGGCAUUAUCUGGAGUUUGGAUGUUGCAUUUAUUAAUGACUGGCUUUAUCUGUCUGCACUGAAUAACAAAGUUAGAACAAAUUAGAAUACUGGUUCCAUUCCUGUCUGUAUAUAAAAUGUGUUUAAAAAUACAUGUGAAAAAGGUUUAUGUUGCAGCCUGGCAUACAGUAUUUGUUUUGAUAACGCUAACAAGACAAAAAUAGUUGUUUUAUUUAUUCUCCAACCUAAUUCCAUUCUUUUCAUGCAGGAAUGCUGAGUGAAUAAAUGAGGCAACAUGCAAAAACACACAGAUGAAGAUGUAAACAGUCUCUAAUUAAUAGAUAAAAAUUUUAUUUUUAUUGUUUUUAACAGUUCAAUAAAUAUUGAACAGUGAUGACUGAACAAGGGGAAGUCUAGACCAAAUAUCAGAAAUAGAAGGUCUUCAAAUUUGCAAAUUUUAUACUUCAUGUUUUUUUAGUGUGCAUUUUAUAAUUAAUCUGUUACAAAUAAUACACAAUAAAUUAGCAACUGUGAGUAGGCAAUGUUCAGAUAUGAAAAGUUAAAUUUUAAACCCAAAUGUUCAGAUAUGAAAGUUCAAUUUUAAACCCAAAGUUGAGUCUUCCUGUCCAUGCAAAUCAGAGAAAAUGACUACAGAAAAUAAGACCAACCUAAUUGAAUUCUCAGUGGAAGGUUUUUCAGACUUGCCUCAGCUUCAGUUUCCUCUUUUCGUAACAUUUUUAUCUCUCUACUUAAUCAUCUCUUUAACUAAUCUCACUGUUUUCUCAUUUAUAAUUGUGUACUCUCAUUUACACACACCUAUGUACAUCUUCUUGUGUAACCUAUCAGUCAUUGAUAUCUCUUUCUCCUCAACCAUUCUACCCAAACUGUUGGCCAUGGUUUUCACACAACAUAAGACCAUAUCCUUUCUUGGGUGCAUGAUCCAGAUGUAUUUUUUCAUGGCUUUUACUUGUACGGAAUUGUUUCUUCUGGCUGCCAUGGCUUAUGAUCGCUAUGUUGCAAUAUGUCACCCCCUUCAUUAUUGUCUACUUAUGAGUCCCAAUCUAUGUUCUCAACUUGUUAUUACGGUAUGGAUUGGUGGUUUUUUAGAACCAGUUAUGCAUACUGUCUUAAUUGCUAAUUUAUCGUAUUGUUCAUCCCACCACAUUGACCAUUUUUUCUGUGAUAUUUCUCCAUUGCUGAAGCUUUCUUGCAGUGACACAUUUAUCAUUGAGAUUUGGACUUACAUCUUUGGGACUCUCAUAGCUAUGAGUACAUUCAUCUUUACAUUUAUAUCAUAUGUGUUUAUUAUUUCCACUAUCUUAAAUAUUCAAACAGCAACCGGAAGACAUAAAGCCUUUUCUACCUGUGUCUCCCACAUGACCUGCGUUAUUGUCUUUUAUGGAUCUAUAAUCUGCUUGUAUAUAAGGCCAACAUCCACAUAUUCUCCAGGACAGGACAAGUUCUUUGCUCUACUAUAUGCUAUACUUAUUCCAGUACUAAAUCCUCCUAUCUACACACUAAAGAAUAAGGACUUUAAAAGAGUAUUUAAACAAUUCAUUUUUUAGUAGUAUUCUACUUACUAAAAUAGUAAAUAAUGAAAUUAUAAAAAUGGUAUAGUAAAUAAAGUAGUUUUUGUUUGCUUGUUUGCUUUUUAUUGUUGAAAAUUAGAUGAGACUAUAAAUAAAAACAUGUUUUUUUUAAAGAGAUAAAUGAACAAUAAUAUACACUUAAAAAUUCCACGAUUGAUAAAAUAUACUUAAUGUAGCUCACAUUCUUGUAACAAUUAAAGGGCUGAUAACACAAGAUAUUGGUAGGUCUCACAUAUAUUUAAAGAAAUAGUUAAACUGAACACAUAAUCUUUUAAAGUAGAAGAAAGGAGGAAUUAAUAAACACAUUGGAACAAUUAGAUUUGUACACAAGAGACACUAUACAAGUUUAAAAAGGCAGAGGAAGGAGGGGGUGGAGCCUAGCAGCAGCAGCAGCGAGCGGUCGCAUAUCUCCGGAGCUCCGGAUAACAAAGCCUUUCUAAGCCUGUUCCUCACUAUGAAUCCCGUCAAAACAGGGUGCUCGGGGCUCCCACAGCUCCCGCGGACCCGAUGGGGUGGAAAACUAAAAAACGGAACCAGAGAAGCCCAGGUUUGGGGCGACAAUAGGGGACUUGUGGCGGCAGGCCCAAGACGCACGCGGACCUAAAAUGACGUCCCUCGGGGAUGAGUGCUCCGGUAGAGAGCACUUUCCCUGCUCCAAUCCAACAGCCAAAGCCCCACACAGCGUCCUCACAAACAGGUACAGAUGCAGAUACUGCCCCGUCACCACUGCAUUCCUAAAAGACCUGCUGGCAGACCUACAUAGGAAGAUCUCUGCAGAUAUGACAGCACUCAGGGGAGACCUGCAGGGUUUAACUGGCAGGAUAAGCAAAUUAGAACUCACCUCCACCAAGGCCACCCAGCAAAUGGAAUCACUACAGCAAGCAGUCAAGGUGCUAGUAACAGAACCUAAAUCAUGAACACCGCUUUGCUGCCCAAGAAGAUGCCAGGCGCCGAAACAAUCUUAAAAUAUGAGGAGUCUCAGACAACCUACCUGAAACUGAAUUGCCGCACUUCGCGAGGCGUCUACUCUCAACCCUGCUGACGCCGAAAACCGCCAAAACAGUAAUACUCACAAACCUGUUCAGAGUACCCCGGCCAACCAGAGCACCAGCCACUGCCUCCAGGGAUGUUAUACUCCAAUUGCAAAAUGGCAAAACCGCAGUGCUGACCGCCACGAAGGGGCAGACCCCAUAUAAUUUCGAAGGGAUGGUCUUGACAUUCUUCACAGAUCUCUCGGCGAACACCCUAGCAUGGAGACGCACCUUCCGUCCACUUACUACUCUCUUGAGACAACACACCAUUCAAUACAGGUGGCGACCCUCCCGAGCUCUAUCAGUCCCCCAUGGAGACAAGACGCUCACGAUCCAUGAUCUACAUGACAGCGAGACUCUCCUCCAGAAAUUGGGACUCCCAGCUGCAGCACUGACCCAAGGAGAACAGAGCACGGAGCCCAGGAAAAGGCACACAUGGAACCCGGUAGGGGCCCCCACAUUUGUCCCAAGAACAUCUACACCGGACUCAUACGCUCUAGCCACAACCUAACUGCAGGACUGACCCCAAAGGACACAAACUACCGCAUAUCUUUUUGUGCACACCACUAGAUGAGUAAACUACACCUAGUAACAUGGGCGCAGCCACUACAGUAUGAUAGACAUGACCCCUUCCAGGCCACACAAAAGAAUCCUGGGAGACACACACCCCCCCACCCCCCAUCAAGAAACUACCAUGUGAAGGAGAACCCCCACUCAUAGUUAAAGCUGGGCCCGACUCUAGAUUCCCCAAGCAAAUAUACCACGGAUGCACAACACAUACACACCAGGGCCCCACAACGAACUCUGUCACUAACUAUGUCCUUUCAAUUUCCACACAAGUUUGCUCUGUCCAAUUCAGUGUCCAUGAGCGUACACACCCUCUCUGCAGCAUGCAACACACAAGCCAUCAGGGCAAAACAACGCCACACAUGGGACAUACCCAGGCAUAUACCUACUACACUAGCUGUGAAUCUCAACCUGUUCUUAAGUUCAAUAAGGACAUCGGGCAGACCUCUAGGGUAUCCUGCCACGGUUCACCUCUGUGCCUGAUAAUGGGACCCCAAUACAAGCAAACCAACCUAGCAUUAGCCUACCUUUAUGGGCUCUUAAGAUAGCCCAUCCUAAGAGGCACAUUGCAUUCAGCAACCGACUGGAGCCUACCCUUAUAGAACUAGGUAGUAUGGGUUACCGCUUGCAUACUAACACGAUGAUGCUGCAACUAUUACUGCCACACGUUUCAUGUUUGUUAUAUGUUUUUAUUUUUUAAUAUAACUUGAAUACUCUUCUCACAGACGUAUAGGAUGUUACCGCAUUCAUUAUUGCUCUACCGAAUAACCCAUCCUAACUUGUUAGCCUACAAAUAUCUAUUAAUUGCUUUAUGAUCUGGAAAUGUUUAAUUAGCCUGUUACGUACUACUACAAAAUGUGCAGUACUACCGCUUGCCAUGUACCAGUCUCUUGUUAUUUGUUAUUGCGUUUGUGGCUGCUAUAAUGGCAAUGCAAACACCAAUGUAUCACAAAAAAUGCACAACAAAAAUAAAGAAUUAAAAAAAAAAUAAAAAAUAAAAAAAAUUUAAAACAUUUUAAAAAGGCAGAGGAAGGAAGGAAAGGGAAGAAGAAAAUGGGAAAAAAGAGGGAAAGGGUAUGUAAAAAACCACAAAAUCACUUAUUACGACAUAAUUCUCUUACUAUUUAAGGAAGGAAUGGGGAUAUAUGCAUGUAUAUAUAGAUGUAAAUAUACCAGCCAGGUCGGAAAAAGUCAUGAAGGAUAAACGUGGCUGACCAAUUGUUUUCCUUGCCAAAUCCCAAAUAUUUAAUAAUUUUAAAGUGGGUACUUGUAGGUUCAGUGCCUGUAGGUUAUUGCAUAUCCGUACAAUUUGUUUCCAAGCACAUUCAAAAACAAUGUGCCCCAGUAAACUACAUUCCAAACAGUAUUUUACAUCUGUUAAGAUUAUUAAGUUUUCUCAACUGUUAGCAUCACACCCAUCUCUGCAAUUAGAGGAUUUCUUGGUUUCAGGGUUUUCUGAUGGGUUCCACACUGGUAUUUUAGCCUUACUGACCGGAAUUCUGGAAUUAAAAAAAUCACAGUCAGGUAUUAAUGACCCAGGUUCUGUUGAUACAAUGUUACUACAUGAAUUUAAUCAAGGGUUUAUCCUAGGCCUUUUUCUCACCCUUUGACAAUGCCUUUAAGUUACUCCUGAUUCACCCUUCAUUAUGACAUCUCCAUGGUAUUAAGUGGAGAAACCAUUAUUACUUUUUGAAUAGGCUAACAUUUGGUUCUAAAAGUAGCCCAAACAUUUUUUGAAACUUUUUUCCGAGGCCUUAUGCUGGUUACUCCUUAACUCAUGUAGAUGUUCAUCAGUACUUCGCUAUCUUGACAAUUUUCUCACCAUAGAGAGUAAUGCUAGUCCACCACAUAGUCUACAAGAUGCCUUACAACUAUUUAAAAAUUUGGACAUCCUGAUUUCUCCUUCCAAAACAUAGGGUCCCGACACCAUAGUCAGUUUCCUGGGUAUUCAACUCGACUCGGUGGCUAUGGAAUCCAGCUUGCCAAGGGGCAAAAUUGAACUUAUCCUAACAUGUAUUGAUAAUUAUAUGCAUCUGGGUCACUGUAGUCAUAAGUAAUUACAGUAAUUGUGGUGUUUGUUGAAUUUUGCAAUGAGGAUCAUACCUCAGGGCAGGUAAUUUAUUUCUAGGCUUCUCUGUUUAUUACUGGUCUGCCCUCCGAGGACAGUAGGGUUUCUCUUGAUGGCCAGGCCACAGCAGAUUUGCAGAUGUGGCUGAAAUUUCUAAGUCAAUGGAAUGGGAAAUCCAUGUACAUUCCUCCUUUUUCCGACAAUUCCCCAGUGCUCAGGUCAGAUGCCAUGGCUUCUUCUGGCCUAUUAUCUGACCUCUGCAUUAUUUGAAACCCUAUUGUGGCCACGGCAGCGACCUGGGGUCGCUCCUGGUCUGGACAAACUGUUUUCUGGCAAACAGGCGACUUGUCAUAUCAUUAAUAAAGGGCGCUUCCCUUCUCUUGCUAUCAUAAGUUUCGUUAGAUGCGUAAUUCGGCUAGCGACGACUCACCAAUUCUUCAUAUGUUGUACACAUUUUCCAGGUAUUCACAACAACACGGAUGCUGACCAUUUGUCCCGUUUCCAUUUUCAGGAAUUCCUCCAACUACACCUCAAUGCCUUCCUGAUGGCAACUCUGUCCCCUCAAUUUCACGACCUCGUCUUGAAUUAGGCCAACUCCUGGCUCACGGCAGAAUGCUGUCACAGUGUGCUUUGUCAGAAAACACCAGCUGGUCAUACAAAAGGGCUUUCAAUAUUUUCAUGAGAUUUACUAGGGAAUUCCAUGUGGUAAAUAUUUUCAUGAUGGAAUCUUUAGUGGCUUUCACUUCUUUUUGCCACCUCAAAUGACAUCUAUCCUACAACACGAUCAACCUUUAUCUCACAGGGUUACAACACCACAUGCUUGCACUAUUUCCAAACAAACAAACCUUCUUAUCAUCUCCAUGAUCCCAGCACUCUAGUUCCCGGUCGUUAAUGAUGCUCCAGUGCCAACUCCAGUCAUAGUAUUGGAAAGAAGAUGCGUUCACUCUGGAGACUGUAGUAGUAAAGAAGUAAUGCUUUUAUUUAGCACAAAUAAACAUCAAUGUUUCAGUCCUCCUGGACUUAUCUCAAGACUAGUGCUAAGUGCCAGAUAAUGGUUAUAUAUGCACAGGGGCGUACCUACAGCAUUUGGCUCCCGGGGCGGAUCCUGUGCUUGGCACCCCCCCCCCCACCCCAAAAAAAAAAACCUGUAAAAAAUGUUAAAGGUUUUCUUUCUUUUUUUUUACAAUUUGUAAACUUUGCAAACCCGCUGUCAGCCCCUCCUAUAAAACCUCUGUCUUGCCCCUUCUACAAAUCCUGUACUGCCCCGUCUACAAAACCCCCGCAACCCCCUUCCACAAAUCCCCUGCUUAUCCCCCCUUAUAAAGACUCCUGUCCAAAUACAAAACCCAUGCCCCUUCUACAAAAUCCCUGCAGCCCCACACACACAUUUACAGGCAGACAGUCACACACUCAGUUACAGACAGACAGUCACACACUCAGUUACAGGCAGACUGUCACAAACUCAGUUACAGGCAGACAGUCACACACAAUUACAGGCAGACAGUCACACGCACACACACAGUUACAGGCAUACAGUUACACACAGACACACACACAGUUACAAACAGACAGUUACACACAGACAGUCUCACACACACACACACACACACACACACAGACACACACUCUUACUUACAGAUAGUGGGAUGGAGGAGGACUGGAUUCCCUGAAGUCCUUCUCUGAAGCCUGUUGAGAAGCAGAUAUUUCAUCUUGCUGCACCUCCUAAUGGCAGAGGGUAAGGGCCAUAUUAAGCCCUGCCCCCAGUGCCAGUUUGGCCCCGCCCCAAUUUUGCUUAGCUCCGCCCCACUUUUCCUCCGUGCGGACAGUUUAUCAGCUGUUUGCUUGUGUGAGCUGUACUGGCCACACGACACCGUAACUACCAUGGGGCACUAUGCGGCCACAGCUCACACAGCCCCCUCCACCCAGGGCCGGUGCAAGGAUUUUUGCCGCCCUAGGCAAAAGUAAAGUUUUCCGCCCUCCCCAUGUGACAUCACAAUGCCCCACCCAUAUGAUUUGCCAUGUUAACUAACGCCAGUGCUGCAGUGCCACCGUGUUUACAUUAAAAGGCCUGCAGGGACAGGCGAUAGACACCAGAACCACUACAUUAAGCUGUAGUGGUUCUGGGGACUAUAGUGUUUCUUUAAUGUGAGGUAAAUAAGAGAUUAGCGCCAUGAAUAAUAUACUAGAUUUCCUUCUCCUCCCCCUCCCAAUUUCUUUCUUUAUCCCCCCUCUCCAAUUUCCUUCUCCCCCUCCCAAUUUCUUUCUUUAUCCCCCUCCCAAUCUUUCUUUCUCCCCCCAAUCUUUCUAUCUCCCCCCUCCUACCAAUUUCUCCUCCCUCCCAAUUUCUUUCUUUUCCCCCUCCCAAUUUAUUUCUUUAUCCCCUCCCAAUUUCUUUCUUUAUCCUCUCUCCCAAGCUUUUCUUUCUCCCCAAGCUUUCUUUCUCCCCCCUUUCUUUUCUCCCUCCCAAUUUCCUCCUCGCCCCUAACACUGUUGUAGCAUGGCCGAGCCCUGUAUGGUCCGCGGGUACAGGGAGCUUUUGUUUCCUGUACCCGGCCGGACUAACAGGCAGCACAUACUCAGUGUUAGUCCGGCCAGGUACAGGAGACAGAUGCUCCCUGUACCCGCGGACCAUGAUACAGGGCUCGGCCACGCUACAGUGAGGGAGUGACAGGAGGGAGCGCUGAGCGCUGAGCGCUGAGCGCUUCCCUCCUGUCAGCCCCUCUCCUCAGGCUGCACCCGGGCGGGCAAAGCUGCAGCCGCCUGAGGCUCUCUACAGAGCGCUCGGGCAGCUGCAGCAUGAGGGGGGCCAGCGCUCCUGGCGGUCCCCCUCCCAAGGCACCCCCCACCCUGGUGGCACCCAGGGCAGACCGCCCCCUCUGCCCCCCCUUAGUACGCCACUGUAUAUGCACAAGCUGUGAGAUAAUUGGAAUGUGAACAGGUGAGAGCAAGACUGGUGAUUUCAAAGAUGACAUCAUCAUACCAAAUGUAACCAUGUGAGUGAAGGUAAGAAAAAAUUAUACAAAUAAACAAUUAGCUCUAUAACAUAUAAGUAGAGACCAGAUAAAAAGAAGACUGGAUCGACAGAAUAAAGUGGGGUAAUUCAGUAAUAGUUCCAGUCACAAAAUGAAGGAGUAAUCUCACAUUAACAGGCAUAAUUAAUUGCAAUCUAGAUUAUACAAGUAUUGUGUAAAAAUGUUAUGUAGCAAACAAUAUAGCAAUAAAAAUGAAACACAUGGAGUUAAAUUUCUUCAAGAGAUAUAUAAGAUACAGUGGGCAAGCUAAGGUUCACAUGGAAAUUAGUUCUAAUCAAUUAGCAUCUAGGAAGGAAACAAUAUAAAAGAUUUUUCUCAUUCAGUCCGUUUGGGGCUAGUGUCCACAAGGUAUAAAUCCAGUAUACCUCCCUUUUCAAAAGUUGUGCAUCUUUGUCACCACCUCUAGGGGAUAGUAAGACAUGGUCAAUGCCCAAGAUGCGUAACAUCGGUAAAGAGUGUAAAGCUUCCAAGAAAUGCAGUCCCACUGGAGUGUUGGCAGAACGGGUGUUCAGGGCGAUACGUAUCACUAAGCGAUGACCUUGCAUUCUUUCUCUUUUCCGAUAUUUACAAAGCCACAUGUGGAAUGUGAUGCAGUAUACUACACGUAUUACAAAAGAUGGGUGGUAAUGAAGGGUCUUUCCUAAGGAUAUACCAAUUCCCUUGUAUUGUAGAUGUUAUUUGAUGGGAAUGAGUGUGGUAUGAUACAGGGCAGAUUAGUCGAUUAUCGAUUGGGUUUGAUGGCCGUUUGUGCCUGCUGGAGAGUUUGUCUCAAAACUUCUUUAGAGUAACCUCUUUGCAGGAAUUUGGUAAACAUCUUUUGUAUUUGUACCUCUGCUUUAGAGUGUUCCGAAUCAUUGUGAGAGAUAGGUAGAGACUCUAUAAGCUUCUUGGGGUGGAAGCUCGAGUUAUGUAGAAUAGCAUUUCUAUUGGUGGGCUUGGAGUAGAGUGUGUAGGCCAAACGGUUGCCUGUGACAAAUAUUUCAAGAUCAAGAAAUUUGAUACUGGUGGUACUGUACUUGUAUGUGAGUUUCACUGGAGUAGUUAACAUAUUCAAAUUUGGUAUCAUAUAGCAUAGUUCAUCCUCACUAUAAGUCCAAAUGAUGAGGAUAUCAUUGAUAAAUUCCAUGAAUUUGAGUAUAUCUGCCAUGAAUUUGAGUAUAUCUGCUUUAUAUCAAUUUAAAAUGUUUUUGCUCUCAUAGUUGUACAUGAAGGCUUUGGCAUACAUAGGGCACAUCGAUGCCCCCAUGAAAGUGCCAGUCAGUUUUAUAUAGUAGCCUGACUCAAAUUUUAAGUAAUUCAAUGUUAGGCAGAGUUGUAGUAAUUCAAGUAUAAAAUCAACAGAAGGACUUACCGGGUCCUGAUGAUUCAUUCAGCACUUCCCUCAUUGCUUGGAUUCCUUCAGGAUGAGAAAUAAUUGUAUAUAAACUGCUGAUGUCAAUUGCAGCCAGGAUAAUUCCUGAUGGAGGGACAGUAAGCUUCUGGAGUUCCACAAUCACCAUAGCAAAGUUUUAACACAAGUAGGCAAGGACCUCACUGGUGUUUUAAAUUUGUAGUCAAGCCAUUUGCCAAUUGGUUCUAGGAGGCCCCCCUUGGCAGAAACAAUAGAGUGGCCAGGAGGGUAUACCGCGUCCUUGUUAACUUUAGGCAGUGUGUAUAAGAUGGGAAAUCUUGGGUGAGUCUCUAGUAAGUACCUCCUGGAGAGAAAGAUGACCAUCGGUUAAGCCCUUCUGGAGUGUGUUGGCUAUGAUUUUGCUGUAUUCCAUAGUUGGAUCCUUAGAUAAGAAUUGAUAUGUGGAUGUGUCUGCCAAUUGAUGCAGUAUUUCAUCUUUAUAAUCCAUAUAUUGCAUAAUCACUAUAGCUCCCCCUUUACCCGCGGGGCAAAUAGUGAUAGAAAGGCCAUUUAAGGAUUUGCGUUCUUUGCUUGAAAUGUUUGCACAGGUCUAUUUGCGUACCUCCAGCAGAUAUCAGGUAUGCCUGGGAAAGAUUGUGGAGCAUCUGUGGUGUAUGAUACCAGUGGUUAAGAAUAUUUUUGUUUGUUUGUCUGUGAUUUGCAUGGCUGGAACAUUGGGCCCACUGGAGUUGUGAGUGAAAGUAUGUACCUAAUUGGAUACCACGCCUUCAGUGUGGCACCUAUGAAUGGCUGCUCCCACAUCAAGGACCCUGUCCCCCCUUGGACAGCCACACUGUGACCACCGCCAUCUCACAUUCAAGGCUGCACCAGAUCUUCCUGGUUUCUUUCUUAUGACUCUCCAUUACUCUGGUCAAAUGAGUAGCUCUAUAGUACGCUUGAAAUGAGGGUAAUCCCAGCCCCCCUUCAAAUUUAGAUCUCCUAAGUUGCGACAUGCGAAGUCUGUUUCCCUGGCCCCUCCGGAUGUAAUGCACCACAGCCAUGCUUAGAGAUUUGAAGAAAGUGACUGGCAGGGUCAGGGGUAAGUUAUGAAAAUGGUAGAGGAUCCUGUGGAUCCUUGAGUUGAUUCGCCUGGUCCAGGAGAAGUAGGGUUCUAGCCAUGUCUUCAUGUCUGCUUGGAGGUGGUUAAGUAGUGGUUGGAAGUUAAAUUCAACAAUUGCAAGUCCCGUGGUACUUCAGCUGAUCCUUGCAUCAAUGGAAGUGGUAAUUCAAGAUCAGGACUUCCAGAUUCCGGACCCGGAUGUUCAACGCUUCCGAUUUAUCUAGGUUGAGCUUGAAAUUGCUCAGUUCACCGUAUUCCUGGAACUCUCAAAGAAUAUUAGGGAAGGAAGUCAACGGCUGUUCCACAUAGAAUUAUCAUCAGCGUAGGCCAAGACCUUAUGUUCGAUCCCUGCAUACAUAAAUCCUGUGAUUGGUUGUGUCUGAUGGCCUCCAGGAAAGGUGCCAAGGUCAGCACGAAGAGGAGUGGCGAGAGCGGGUAUCCCUGGCGGGUCCCAUUUGCUAUCUGUAUGAAGGACUUAAGACCCCCUUUGUUGUGCACCGUCCCUGUUGAAGUGGAGUACAGUGUCAGAAUCCACUUGCAAAACAACUUGCCGAAUCCCUUUGUAAGGUGAGUAAAGUGAAUUGCCAGUCCAUCCAGUCAAAUGCUUUCUCUGCAUCUGUGGAAAGGAGAACUAGGGCAUGGCGUGAUUCCUUAGCCAGGUGUAGGAUGUUAAGUAGAUGGAUGUUUUUGUCCCUCGCCUCUGUUCCAGGGACAAACCUGCUUUGAUCAGCAUAUACCAAGUCCAAAGUACUUCUUACAUGCGUGACGCCAGAAUUUUAGUAAACAGUUUAAUAUUGCAAUUCUGCAAAGAGAUGGGUUGAUAGCUAGAACAUUGGUAAGGAUCUUUUCCCUCUAUGUGAAUUAAACAAGGUGAGGAGCUGGAGGAACAAGGUGCCUCUGAAUUUUUUUGUAGUAUUGUGAUGGGAACUCUACCAGUCUUUGAUGUUUUAAGGGUUCCCUGCAACUCAUCAAAUCUCAAUUCCCAUUCCAAGUACAUAGCUGUGUCAGCAUCUAGUUUGUUGUUGACAUGUGCAGCCAAAUAUUCUCAAUUUUUUUGACCCCUUGUGGAGGGUGCAUCCAUAUAUCUUUAAUUAAUUAAUAAGGACAUCCUACGACUGUGGAGUUGCUCCCAGUAGACCCUGUGUAAGUAAUGUGUGUUCCUUUAAUCAGAAGUUAAAAACAUAGUGUACUAUUUCUGCAGCAGAAAUAAAAUAAAGAAGCACAAAAAGAGUAAUAAAAAAAAACCUUCUAUAUCUAUCAAAACAAAAACUACUGCACACUUUAUGAAAACAUGUUAUGACUAUCUUUUGUUUUAUAUUUCUAUUUAAGAAACCAUAACUAGAACUGUCCAUUAACCCCUUAAGGACAGAGCCAAAUGUACACGUUGUUAAACAAAAUGUAAACAAAACCUGGCAUUUGCGCUACAUGUCUGUCCAACCGUAAUUCACCUAUUUCAUAGUAAAUGCACCCACCCUUAUUAUAUAUAAUUUUAUUCAGGGGAAACAGGGCUUUCAUUUAAUAUCAAAUAUUUAGCUAUGAAACAUAAUUUAAUAUGAAAAAAAUGGGAGAAAAUAAGAUUUUUUAAAUUUUUUUAGUUCUACAUGACAUUUUAACUGUCAAUGUCAUAAUACUGUUUGCUUUUACUGCAUUAAAAUACACAUAUUUGUAUUCAGCAAAGUCUCACGUGUAAAACAGUACCCCUAUGUACAGGUUUUAUGGCGUUUUGGGAAGUUACAGGGUCAAAUAUAGCACAUUACAUUUGAAAUUGAAAUUCGCCAGAUUGGUUACGUUGCCUUUGGGACUUUAUAGUAGCCCAGGAAUGAAAUUUACACCCAUAAUGGCAUACCAUUUGCAAUAGUAGACAACCCAAGGUAUUGCAAAUGGGGUAUGUCCAGUCUUUUUUAGUAGCCAUUUGGUCACAAACACUGGCCAAAGUUAGCGUUAGUAUUUGUUUGUGUGAAAAAUGCAAAAAACGCCAAUUUUGGCCAGUGUUUGUGACUAAGUGGCUACUAAAAAAGACUGGACAUACCCCGUUUGCAAUACCUUGGGUUGUCUACUAUUGCAAAUGGUAUGCCAUCAUAGGGGUAAUUUUCAUUCUCGGGCUACCAUAGGGUCUCAAAGGCACCGUAACCAAUCUGGCAAAUUUUAAUGUGAAAAAAAUGAAACGCAAGCCUUAUAUUUGACGCUGUAACUUUUGAAAACACCAUAAAACCUGUACAUGAGGGGUACUGUUGUACUCGGGAGACUUCGCUGAACACAAAUAUUUGUGUUUCAAAACAGUAAAAAGUAUCACAGCAAUAAUAUCAUCCGUGUAAGUGCUGUUUGUGCAUGAAAAAUGCAAAAAACUUCACUUUUACUGGCGAUAUCAUCGUUGUAAUACAUUUUACUGUUUUGAAACACUAAUAUUUGUGUUCAGCGAAGUCUCCCGAGUAGAACAGUACCCCCCAUGUACAGGUUUUAUGGUGUCUUGGAAAGUUAUAGGGUUAAAUAUAGUGCUAGCAAAUUAAAUUCCCUUUACUUUCGGCAUGGGUUGUCAGGCAGGUCCCGCUAAUUGUAACUAAUUAAGAUACCUAAUUAUGUAAAAGUAUUACAUAAAUAUAUAUGUAGAAUUAGUAUAUGUAUAUAUAUACGUAUGUGAAUCUAUAUGUGUAUAUCUAUAUAAUUUUUAAAAAAUAUUUUUAUUUAUAUAUAGGUAUAUAUAUAUAGUGAUAUAUACGUAUAUAUUUAUGUAUGUAGAUAUAUAUAUUAUUUCGCUCUACGUGUAUUUUGAUAUAAAUAUAUAUAUAUUAAUAUCACAAUACAGUUAGAAUGAAAUAACACACAUCUAUAUAUUUUUUAAUAAAUUUUUUAAAUUAUUUUUUUAAUUUUAUUUUUUAAUGUAUUUACAUAUUUAAUUUUUUUAUAUUAUAUAUAAUAUAUAUAUAACAAUAAUUAUAUAUAUAUAUAUUUAAUCAGUAUCAGUCUACGUGUAAUUUGAUAUUAAUAUAUAUAUAUAUAUAUAUAUAAUUAUAUAUAUAUAUUAAUAGUAAAAUACACCUAGACUGUGUAUGUGUGUGUAUGUAUAUGUGUAUAUAUAUAUACUUAGAUCAUAUAUAUAUAUAAUAUAUAUAUAUAUGAUCUAAGUAUAUAUAUAUUUUUUUUUUACACUAAUAAAUUUUAUUUUAUUUUUAUUUUCAGCCAGCAGGGGAACCACCUGUCAUUACAGGCAGCCCCCCUGCUGGCAAUGCAGGAGGCAGCCUACCCGGCCAUGUGAUUGUGGGGUCCUCGCUAGGACCCCACUCUCACAUGGCGGGGGUCACUGGAGGAGAAUGAUCUGCCGCGGGGGGGCUCCCUGGGAGUCCCCCCCACCGCGAUCGCCCGCGUGGGACCGCCGGCGAGGGACCGCCGGCGACCGGGUAAGUUAACAAAAACCGGAGAGGGUGUACAAUUACACCCGGCAACGUUUAGAGCCGCCUAAAAUAGGGCGUAAUUGUCCGGUCUAAAGGGGUUAAAUAUUUCUCAUUCCCUACAGAAAGAGUGAGCACUGGGAUAUGUGCGCACACUGGAGCAGGAUGAGUCACUGAGUCACAAAGAGAAUACCCCAUACAUUCUUCAUGUUCCCUAUACAAAGUAUGAGCACAGUAGAACAUUCCAACUGUAGGGUAAGAUGCCUUCUGGUGGAGCAAUUUUGGUUCUAAAAAUGAUAUUAGACUCCUAAGCAGGUUCUAAAUUUACUAUAUAUGUCAGUUUAAUAAAUGUAAGUUGUGAUGAGCUGACAAUCAAACUGGAAAAUUUUGUUCAAGAUUACAACUUGACUGUUUCCCAACUCCAUCAUUUUGUUGUAGAUUUUGCAGCCAGGGUCUGAAUUCUAUUAUAAGUUAUAUACUGAAUUGAACAGUAGUUUUUCCAUUCACAUCUGCUGUAAAUCUGUUACAAAAUUAUUAGAGAUAUGCUUAGGGUUUUAAAAUAUAAUCUAGCAACAUGUAGGGGCCCUAUUUAAUAAGCAGUGAGCUGGGUUGAGAUAAAAAGCUAACUGCAACAACAAAAAAAAGAGUAGGAAAAAUGCACCAACUUUGCCUAGAUAUGUGUGGGGGGGGGGGGGCGAAUAUUUGCAUAUCUUUCUUUACUGAAAACUCCAGCAGCAUAGAAACAUAACAACCAAUCAGAAAAAAGUUAUGAUGCCCAUAAAAGGCCCUGUCUAUGACAUCACUUCCUCUUUCUUUGAAGCGAAACAAUAAAUAACAACAAGAGACAUAAUCAUAUUACGUCAACAGUUCAACAACAUAUUAGAAUAUCCAACUCCAUUAGUUCCGCGAUGCAGAGGUAUGGAAGGUGAAUCUUUGUCUCGAUGAGAAGACGUUCACGCUGCAAGAAAAAGAAAAAGGUGAAAGGUAUCUGGCGUGAUAACUUGUCCGCAUACAAUAAGCAUUAAGCAUCUGAUAUACCAACGAACAUUAGAAUGUGAAACAUAUCAAUAUAUAUUUAUUCUAACGCAAUGAUAUUUAAGAAUCUAUAAACACAACAUAAUGCAAGGUUCAUGUCUAAUAUAUAGCCAAUACAAAACCCACAAGAUACAGGUCUAAGUAGCAAACAUACAAACCAUACGUAUUUACCUUCCUGAACAUAAAGGACAUAUUCUGUUCAGCACGAGAAACAUGGGAGGGAUCCUAUAGGGUGGAAAUAUUCGCCUCCUGUCAUUACUAAAAUUAAGAUUAUUAGUACACUAAAGCUAAUAUAAUCUUCAAUUUUACCACAUGACAGGAGGCUUCAUAUUUGCAUUUUUAAUACUUUGAAUUGACCAAUGUGAAGGAAGCAUGAGAUGUUUGCCGAAAAUAGAACGUUCUAAACGUACUCUCUCGCGCUCAGUCCGCGCAGCGUAUAAUGUUGGCUAGGGAAGCGUCGGCCGAAAAGGUUUGUGAGGCCGCCGCUCCCCUGACCGAGUGGGCUCCGAAACAAGGUUCAACGCUAAAGACAAAAACCAGCGGACCCAUCUGGCCAGUGUUGCGGUAGACACCGGUCCAUGAGGGUUCACGUAAGAAGUCAGAAGGUGAUCCGUCGAAUGAAUUCGAAGGGGUAGAGAUAUUGGUGUACCCCAUUAGCGUUCUGACCACGCAUAGUGUGGCGUCUGACACAAAGCAUGGGUAUGACACUGAAGACGAAUCAGACUUAGUUCGUCUUGACAUGGUAAAGGUAACCCCGUCUGGUGUGAGAGAGAAACCAUCCAUAUCGCAAGCCCUAAGGUCCGCCACCGUCUAAAUGAGGCGAGGCAUAAUAAGAGGGCUAGUUUGGCUGAAAGUUGAUUCAGUGACAAAUAAGGAUUGUCCGGCCAUUCCCUAAGGAAUCUCAGCACCACAUCCACCUGCCAGAGGCGUGAAUAUUUGGGUGCAGGGAUCUCGACAAUUCGGAACCCCGCAGUAGUCGACAAACCAGUGUAUCUUGACCUACUAGUCUGCCCUGUACCGGAACGUGCGCUGCCGAUAUGGCGGAUCUGAUCACGUUGAGGGAUCGAUAUGACCGACCCAACGAGACCAGGUGUGACAGAUAGUUGAGGAUCAGUGGGACAGGUGCGGUAAAGGGAUCGGAAUCCCUUUCCACACACCAAUCACUCCAGGCCGACCAGGCAGAAAUAUAGCCUUUUCUGGUGCCGGGAGACUAUGAGUUCCCAUAGGAGGUCUUAGUUGAUGCAGUAGGUCGUGAACUGACCAGGAGCCCCUGAAACCGUCCAGGCAACUAGUGCCAGUUGUCCUUCCAUGACAAGGGAGUGGGCUCCCCUUCGAGGUCCCGUCAGAAGUAGAGGGAAGGUAGGGAGUAGUGGAGGGUCUUCGCGAGACAUCUCCAGGCGAUCCGGGAAAUCACGGUUGGCCCUGCCCGAGGGGUGUCAUGAGCAGGAGCGAUAUAUUGUGGGUGUGUGUGUGUAUCGAAGCACCCUUGCUAUUGUGGAGAACGGCUGGGUCACGUUUGCAGGGGUUCAUCCAUCACCCCGUAUCCGAAGGAAGAGUCAAAGAUCGUUUUGCCAAUCCAAGUUUGUAUGUAAAGUAAUCACCAUCGAAAUUCCAUCCUCACUUCCGCUGACAGUGGGAUCCAGUGGUUGUAUGAGUAUCUCACCAUCAGUCGUAGUGGGCCAGGGAAUAACGCUUGUAUGGAGGAGGAGAGGAGGAGAGGAAUCCCACAAUCCGACAGCUAUCCUUAUAGAGGCGCUCUUUGCCGGACGGACGCGGAACGUAGUUCUCCAAGCCGAUGUCAAAACCGAGGAACUGGCCUGAUUCAGAUGGAGAAGCGAUCUUUGUCCGUGUACAACAAAAAACCCAUGGAGUCCCGAAAGUGA